AUGGUGCGGACUGGUUUGUCACGGUGCGGACUGGUUUGUCGUGGUGCGGACUGGUUUGUCGUGGUGCGGACUGGUUUGUCACGGUGCGGACUGGUUUGUCACGGUGCGGACUGGUUUGUCACGGAUACAGGGGCCGGGAUACGGGGGCCGAGAAACGGGGGCCGAGAUAAGGGGGCCGAGAUACGGGGGCCGAGAUACGGGGGCCAAGAUACGGGGGCCAAGAUACGGGGGCCGAGAUACGGGGGCCGGGAUACGGGGGCCGAGAUACGGGGGCCGGGAUACGGGGGCCGGGAUACGGGGGCCGUGAUACGGGGGCCGAGUACGGGAUACGGGGCCGAGAUACGGAGGCCGAGAUACGGGGGCCGAGAUACGGGGGCCGAGAUACGGAGGCCAAGAUACGGGGGCCGAGAUACGGGGGCCGAGAUACGGGGGCCGGGAUACGGGGGCCGGGAUACGGGGGCCGUGAUACGGGGGCCGAGAUACGGGGGCCGAGAUAAUAAUAAGAAUAAGAAUAAGAAAACUUUAUUGUCCACCAAGCUGCCCUCAGGAGGUUCUGGUUCCACAGCUGCCUUCAGGAGGUUCUGGUUCCACAGCUGCCCUCAGGAGGUUCUGGUUCCACAGCUGCCCUCAGGAGGUUCUGGUUCCACAGCUGCCCUCAGGAGGUUCUGGUUCCACAGCUGCCCUCAGGAGGUUCUGGUUCCACAGCUGCCCUCAGGAGGUUCUGGUUCCACAGCUGCCCUCAGGAGGUUCUGGUUCCACAGCUGCCAUCAGGAGGUUCUGGUUCCACAGCUGCCCUCAGGAGGUUCUGGUUCCACAGCUGCCCUCAGGAGGUUCUGGUUCCACAGCUGUCAUCAGGAGGUUCUGGUUCCACAGCUGCCAUCAGGAGGUUCUGGUUCCACAGCUGCCCUCAGGAGGUUCUGGUUCCACAGCUGCCCUCAGGAGGUUCUGGUUCCACAGCUGCCCUCAGGAGGUUCUGGUUCCACAGCUGACCUCAGGAGGUUCUGGUUCCACAGCUGCCAUCAGGAGGUUCUGGUUCCACAGCUGCCCUCAGGAGGUUCUGGUUCCACAGCUGCCCUCAGGAGGUUCUGGUUCCACAGCUGCCCUCAGGAGGUUCUGGUUCCACAGCUGCCCUCAGGAGGUUCUGGUUCCACAGCUGCCCUCAGGAGGUUCUGGUUCCACAGCUGCCAUCAGGAGGUUCUGGUUCCACAGCUGACCUCAGGAGGUUCUGGUUCCACAGCUGCCAUCAGGAGGUUCUGGUUCCACAGCUGCCCUCAGGAGGUUCUGGUUCCACAGCUGCCCUCAGGAGGUUCUGGUUCCACAGCUGCCCUCAGGAGGUUCUGGUUCCACAGCUGCCCUCAGGAGGUUCUGGUUCCACAGCUGCCCUCAGGAGGUUCUGGUUCCACAGCUGCCAUCAGGAGGUUCUGGUUCCACAGCUGCCAUCAGGAGGUUCUGGUUCCACAGCUGCCCUCAGGAGGUUCUGGUUCCACAGCUGCCCUCAGGAGGUUCUGGUUCCACAGCUGCCAUCAGGAGGUUCUGGUUCCACAGCUGCCCUCAGGAGGUUCUGGUUCCCCAGCUGCCAUCAGGAGGUUCUGGUUCCACAGCUGCCCUCAGGAGGUUCUGGUUCCACAGCUGCCCUCAGGAGGUUCUGGUUCCACAGCUGCCCUCAGGAGGUUCUGGUUCCACAGCUGCCCUCAGGAGGUUCUGGUUCCUCAGAACACCCAUAUACGUAUUCAGAAGUCGUACCAAACACUUCAUUAUGAAUUGUUGAAGUAA